CAAAACUGUUCUUUUCGCAUUUCAUAAUCAAUUUUGCUGAAAAGUACUAUAAAAUACUAUAUGAUUGCACGAUAAACUUAAUAAUAACGAUAUAGAUUAAGAAAUAGUAAUAUAGAUGCCUUUUGUGAGUCGUACAUUACGCUCUUUUUUGAGUAAGUGGCCAGGACGACGUAAAUUUGGAUUCUAUAGUUUUUUACCAAUAUUCUUUGUAUUGGGUGCUGCGCUAGAAUUCUCUAUGAUAAAGUGGCAAGUCGGGGAAACGAACUUCUAUAAAGUUUACAAGCGUCGCCAAGCCAAAACCAUAGUUGAAGAAAAACUUGCCCUCGACAAUCCAAAUUUAAAACUAUAACUAUUACAAUGCCUGCCGGAGUAUCCUGGGGUCAAUACCUCAAAUUCAUGAGUGCAGCUUUACUGACAAUGUUUGCCGGUUCACAACUCGUACACAUGUACUACAGGCCCUUAGACGAUUUAGACAAAUACAUAGAG